AUGGAGAUUAUGUACUCUGAUAAAGGCAUAAUUUUACAUCAGCUGAAAUAUGAACUUGAGUUUCUGAAGAGAUUUGAGAUGCUGAAUUGUAAAGUUGUUGUCACAUCUGCUGAUACAAGUCAGAAAUUGGAUUUUGAUUCUGAUGGUGAUGAUGCAUAUGCGACAAUGUUCAAGCAGUUGGUAGGUUCUCUGAGAUAUUUGUGUAAUACCAUACCUGAUAUUUGCUAUGCAGUUGGAAUGGUGAGUAGGCUUAUGAGUAUACCAAAGUGGUCUCAUUACCAAGCUGCUGUCAGAAUUAUGAGGUAUAUAAAGGAAACUCUGAAGUAUGGAGUUUUGUUCCCUUCUGGUGUUGAAACUGACUCUGAACUUUUGAGUUACUCAGAUUCUGAUUGGUGUAGGGACAUAGUUGAUAGAAGAAGUACUUCUGGAUACUUGUUUAAGUUUAUGGAAAGAUCUGAAGAUCAAAAUAAACAAGCCUUUGAAGUUGAUGAUUGA